AUGAAAUAUAUUCCUUGGUUACUUAAUCUUGCUUAUAAUGCUCUAAUGAAUGUUAGACGUGCUUUAAUACAAAACCAUCUUCUUGCAUAACCUGUAAAGUGUGUAAAAUGCUAAGUUUUUGGAUGUGUUAAAUGUGAUGAAAGCUAAAAAUGUUAUGAAUGUGAUUAAAAUUUAAAGCUUGAUUAAGCUAAUAAUUAGUGCAUGAUUAUGGAUAAUGUCUGUUCAUAUUUGAAUAACUUUUAUUAGGGAGCAACAAAUAUUUAAAAUUGUUAAAAAGAUUGCUCACCUACCUUUUACUAAAAUAUGGAAACUUAAACUUGCGAAGAGACUGUAAAUUGUACAUAAAUUCAAGAAAGCAAGAGAUUCUCUUUUGAUGAAAGAGUAAUAGAAUUCUAAAAAAUAAAUUAAAACUAAUAUUUAGUAGUAGGAAAUGGUUGUACUUUUGCUUUAGUAGACUAAAAUUGGGACAUAAUCAAUGUACAGGUUUUGUAAAAUUUAGAAUAUUACAAUUUUUAUUAUACUUCAAAUGGAUAAGAAACUGAUAGAAGAAGUUUUAUAGUUGGAUAUUAUGGGGGAUGUUCUGCAGGUACUGUAUUAAAAGUUGUUAAUUUUAAAACACUAGAAGUAGAAUUUGAAAUUAAUAAUACAAAUUAUGAAUACACAGUUCAGCAUGUGGAUUAAAUAAACUAAAUUGUUUUUUUAGUUUCAUUAUAUAGCGGCAACAUCAUGUUGUAUGAUGCUAUUAACAAAAAUAUGAAUCAAUAAAAGAUUGAAUUUUUAAAAAUAUUAUUUUUCUAUCAAAUUGAAAAUUAAACAUCUUCAAUUUAUCUCAUGUAGCAACAUUGA